GAAGAAGAAGACGAAGAACAAGAACAAUAUUUACAGCGCUCUUGCACUUUGUUGAGAGCGGAGUUGUACGACAAGCUUGCAUUGGGAUAUACUGGUGAUUUAAAAUGCGUUUGAAUUUGGAUGCAUUUUGUAUACAGCUACGUGUUUCAAAUUCUGGUAAUUGAUCGUCUAGCGGUCCACAGCUGAUUUGAUAGUCGACUGCUUUAUCUCAAUAGUGACUGCGGAGUCCUAUCCAUUACUAGAACAAGUCGAGACAUGACUAAUCCUAUGUUUUGGGACCAACUGCAAGCUGGAAGCUCCGAGGUGGACUGGUGUGAAGGCAAUUACCUUAUUUACCCAAGCAUUGCAGAGUUUUAUAACACGAUCAGCAACAUCUUGUUUUUUGUUUUACCGCCUAUAUUAAUGUGCUUGUUCCGCCAGUACGCAACACAUUUCAACAGUGGAAUAUAUCUAAUUUGGAUUCUACUGGUUGUGAUUGGUAUUGGCUCCACAUACUUCCAUGCCACCCUCAGUUUCCUGGGUCAGAUGCUGGAUGAGUUGUCCAUCCUGUGGGUGCUCAUGUGUGCCAUCGGCAUGUGGUUCCCCAAGAGAUAUCUGCCCAAGAUGUUCAGGAAUGACCGGUCAAGGUUCAAAGUGGUCAUCGGCAUCUUGUCCGGGAUCACCACUGGUUUGGCCUUCGUUAAGCCUGUCGUCAACUCGGUGUCUCUGAUGACUCUGGGUAUCCCCUGCACCGUUCUGCUCAUUACCGAGCUCAAAAGGUGUGAGAACCCACGAGUAUUCAAGCUGGGGCUGAUCUCUGGGUUUUGGUGGGCUCUGGCUCUCCUCUGCUGGAUCAGUGACAAAAUCUUCUGUGAGAUGUGGUCCUCUGUCAACUUCCCCUACCUACACUGUGCUUGGCACAUCCUUAUCUGCCUAGCCUCCUACCUGGGCUGUGUGUGCUUUGCCUACUUUGACGUCGCCACAGAGGCCCCUGAACGAGGCCCGGUCAUCAUGUUCUGGCCCAACGAGAAAUGGGCCUUCAUCGGAGUGCCCUAUGUCACUCUACUCUGUGAAACCAAGAAAUCUGACUCUGUCAAGGUGACAUAACCUUCUCAGGGCCCACUGUGCUUGGAAAAUUCCUCACUAUGAGGUGUUCCCCAAACAUGCACACAAAAUAUGCCCUGAUGUCAGACAAUCGGAACAAUGCAUGUAGAAUGCUUUAAAAUGAAGUACCUCUAAAGUACUUCUCUGACAUGGGUGACAAAGUCGACAUAACUUGUCCGUUAUCGCCUCAAAAUAAAAUCCCCACACUCCCUUGUUGCAUAUGCAAUAAUGUUUAUGCAACUUAGUGUCAAAGCACAAAUGUGUCCCGCAGUCGUCUAUUAAAGUGACAUAAGUGAGGUAACAUCAAUGCUAAGAAACUUACCAAGUUGUUCAUUAAUCAACUCCGACUGUAAUUCUCAGGCUUUGUUGAGGUGAUCGUGAAUAAUUCAAUUUAGAGUAAGGCAGUAAUGUACAUAGAUGUAUUGCAGUGUUUCUCACAGAAUCUUUUUAAAUUUUUCAGCUCGAUCUACUAUUCAAAAUGCUCACUGCCCUUGCAUUUUCAGGCAAUUGAGCACAAAUGGUGAGGACCUUGCCAAUGGUGUAUAUUGUGCAGUAUUUACAUUUACAGCGUGGCUGACUGAUUGUUAAUACUGUUAUAGACGUGUAUUAAUUAACCCCUUAGACUUAUGGGAAUUGACCUAUAUGGAGAAAUUGAAAUGUUUCUUACAGAAGAAAUAUGGAAUCCAUAACCAAGGUAGGAAUUAAAAGGGAACAGUUUGGUUAGUUAUUGGAAAAUUAUCAGACUAAAGCUGAGGACACAACAGUUCUGACACAAGACUGAAUUUAAACAUUACAUUUUUUUGUGCAUUUUACUUUCAAUGUACUUUUCGCUGCAUUUGUUGAUAACGAAAUCUAAAAAUACUCUGGAUACAUUCAGUUACAUGAUAAAAAAAUAUUAUUGGUAAAUUUGGGUUAGGUACAACAUAAGACAAAAAAUUGACAAGUGAUUGAUCUAAUUGGUGUUCCCUAGUGGCUUCUCCAAAGUUUGCACAGUUCCGAAGUAAUUUCAAUGCACUUUUUAUGACUCAAAGAAGAGUCUUCAAUUAUAAGGAGCUUUUUUCUUCUUCUAGCUGUGCCGUUGAGGAACUACAGCACGCACACAUGUAGUUUUUUGUUUGGAACACAGCCCUGCAUCCCCGUCUUUACACAAUUACUGUUGUUUACGCAAUCCAAAAACGGUCCAUUAUAAAUCACAAUCUGGGUCAGGUGGGCAUAACUUGAAAGAUUGUUCUAUUGCCAACAUGACUAGCUAAAUUAUAAAAUAUGAUCUUACAGCGUUAGGCCUUCACAAGGCAAUUCAGAGAAGCAGAUAAUCAUUUUGGUGCGCAUAGAAUGGAGUCAUGUGUGCAUUCAGAUGCAUGGUUCGCUGCAAAUUUUCAUCACGAUACAACAAACAGGCUCAUUCUGUUCAGGACAACCCAGGGUAUAAUGCCAUGUCAUCUGUACAUAAAACAUGUAAUAUACAUGUUGACACUAUAUUACAUGAGUUGAUAUGGUAAUGUGAAGUGGACUCACAGGUGUUUGGCUUGGUUGUAUGACAUCAGAGUGGUAUUAUCAUCCUCAAUGUCUCAUCUUUCAAAAUACAUUGAAUCCUCAUAAUUUACAGCCUUUCCCUCACUCAGACAACAAAACAUUUGCUAGUUGCCCAAUUAGCGGGAGGGAUGAAGGCAACUUCUUGUCGCGCACGGUGCUCAAGUUCAGAACAACUGUCAGUCAAAACCCAUACAGAGCUGUGAAGCGGAAAUCCUGAGCUCUGACUCAUGUAUAGCAUGUUACUGUACAGCCACUGUGUUCGAAUUUAGGCUCUUAGCAUUGUCAAUCUUUUUCCACACGUAUAUGGGUAAGAAUGUGAAGUGUAAACAGACUUUCUGUAUACAGUAUUAUCUCAGUUAUUGCAUUAUCUACAACUAUAUUUAAGAGCGUUUGUAUUAUAUAUUUUAAAAUGUAAGGUGAAAGCAAACAAUUUUUUCUCCCUGUUGAAGGCUCUGGAACACACGGAUAGCUUUUUGAAGUAAGAGGUGUUUAGCUGAUUCUUAUUUUAAACACUCAACCACCCCAACCCUAGUCUUUACUGAAUACGGAGUAUUAGAAGAGAAAUGUAAGUCAAGUCUCAGAUUGUCAGUUGUCAUGAAAAUGAGAGUAACAGAACUGAAAUGUUCAUGAUAGUGAAUUGCAACCAUAUAAAUAGUCGCAUAGGCAUAAAAGGGAUAGGUCAGUUACCAUAGUAAUUGUUUGCUGUUGUCUUCAUGACGCCUUGACAGCAAUAUUAUGCUUGUUGUUACGUGGCCAACCCUACUGAAUAGUUACCCACAUGAAGAGUACUGAGAAAGUCUCAACUAGACAACAAGGGAGUGUUUGCACCUGUUAUUUUCAGAAGGGAAUAAGAUAAAAGCAACAAGAAUAAAACACACAACUAUCUUAAUAUUUAUUCUACCUUUAGGACUAAAAUACACCUUUAUUAUAGGAGAUUCAUGUGCCAUUGAACAUUAGUUUUUAGUCCAGGAGUAGAUUUGCUCUGGGUCUGGGAAACUGGCCCAUAUUAUUUUUAUAUUCCCUCCUGGAAAAUAAGUGGUGCAAAAUGUCACUGGUGCAAGUGCUUAGUAAACAACUCUGGAUGGCCAAUGAAGUAGGUCAAUUUAACAAGUGGAGCAAUUCAUUAAUAAUUAUGUUGUGAAUUUAAGUUGCUUUCUUAAUUGUCAUUUUUGUGCCAAAAUUGAAGUAUUUUUUACAUUACUUUUAGCACUUAGAGAAAAAUAAAAGGCAUGCAAUGCAUAUCCAAUUAAGAGGCACUGUGUGUAGUGGCAAGCCUUGCGUGAACCUGGUUGGCUUUUUCAAUAUGCCAUGAUCUGGCCUAUCGGUUGAUUCCAUGAGAGUGAAUUGAAAUUGAGUAAAUGAAUACAACUGCUCAACUUGUGUACAAUACCAUUUGGAAGUGAAGGUUGUUGGUUGGAGGAGGCAUAGCAAACACUUUUGACUCCAAUAAUAGUUUUACCACAAGUCAUUUAAUCUCAAAUCAAUGACCUUUUUGUGGACUCCAUUUAGAACUGUUCUGUUUUAAACUAAGCUAUACUGUUAUUUCUUUACACAGUCUGAUACAAUUUGUUUUGUAUACAAUUUAUUGGGUUGUGUGGUGUCAAUGUAUAGGGGCAAACAAGUGAAAGGAAACAACUCUAUCCAGAGUCCACAAAGUGGUAUAUUUUUUAACUACAGUAUCUGAAGUAUUUUGUUUAGCCAAAAAGUAUAUUUAUAUUUUCCUAAAUGUAGAGCACAACCAUUCAAAUACAUGUUUAAAAGGAUGCAUGACAAAAAAAACUGAAGUAUUAUUUUGUAUUGUCAACUAUUGUAGUGAGUAGAUGUCUUUUAAGGUAUUGUAUGGGAAAGAUGUAACAUGCAGUGCACUGUUUUGACAAAGGCAGAAAGAGCAGAGCUAGUGUCUACAAACCUUGAUACCUUCUACUUGGACUUUAUUUAAAAACCUGCAGACAUGCAGUAUGGUAACUGUUUUUAGAAUAUGACCGCGUAAAAUCAAGAAUCACCAUUCUGUUGCUUUCCAAGUAUGAGUGAUUUGACAAAGUGCAAAGCUUUUUUACUUGUCAAAAUAUGUGUUUUGAAUCCUAUGACAGCCUGUGUAGUAGGCUAACUAAUACCCCUUUCACACUAUUGUGCACUCCCAAAGCAAUUUGUGCUGGCUUCACAUUGUCCUUUUCAGCAAGGUUCCAGCAAAUAGUGGAUGUGUAACUGGGCCAACUGAGUUUGGCUUGGCUCAGUAGUGUGAGAAAAAACAAAUGUCGGACCUGUUUGAAUGCUUUCACUUAAACAAUGCAAUCUUAUUUCUCUCUCUUCCUCAAAGUAAUCACAGAUGUGAGAGGUUUGAAUUGGUAAAAGCAGUGGGGUUUAAGCUUUACUUUUACUUAACCAAUCACAUCAGUGAUGGCCUCAAGGUUAGGGCGGAAAGAAUUAUGCAUUUUCUAUUGAAACGGACUUGAGCUAGCCAACCUAAAGCCUACAUAAUUGUAACUCAGUUCAAGUGAAGUUUAAUCCAUAAAAAGAGUGUUCUUGAUCCAUCUCUCUACCUGCAAUGACAAUACAUUCAAGUUGCACAGUAAUAUUUAUUUUCAGAUUUUAUCCUGUUUUGUAGACAAAUAUUUUGAAUGUUAUUGAAGUAUUUUUUAUCAUUAUUUUUAUUUUAUGCAACAAAAUAUAAACUACUACAAAAAAAUGCACUGUCUUUGCAUU